GCCGACGAUAGUCGCACAGAACUCCUCACAUACGAGUGCGUAGUCCGGUUCGACAGUCAGCAAUCGUGCGUCUUUGUAACCAUAUGUCAUACGCCAUCCGAGCCACAACGUUCUCGCGACCUUCCACGGCGAUUCAAAGCCAGACACAUACCCUCCCCUCUCGUAAACCGCACACCUCCCAAGUCGUACGAGCAAUACAGUGAAUCCACCACUUUCCAGAGAAGCACUUUACCGAGAGAUGUGGCUCAACGGACUGAACGACACGGUAGUUCAACCGCGGUUGCGCUACCGCGCGCCACGUUGAUGUCCGAUUGAUCAAGGCAGCACCCGUCCCAGUACCUUCCGCAACCUGCCAAUUAUAAGACGCACGCCCUCACACCGCCAGAACUAUAUUCCCCGCCCCUUCACCUUUACCAUCAUCUUCCAUACUCGAAAAUGAGCUUCUGCAAGGACUGCGUCCGUGGUGUUCGCUGGGAGGGCACGCCCACUGGCAAGAUCGAGAAGAUCAACGGCGUCGAUGUGUACGUCGCGACGCCGGAGGUGGACUACCCGAAGGACAAGGUGCUCCUGCUGCUCACAGACAUCUACGGCGUCCCGCUGGUCAACAACCAGCUUCUCGCCGAUGACUACGCGGCCAACGGCUUCAAGACGGUCAUCCCGGACUACCUGAACGGCGAUGCUGCGCCCCCGGAUGCGUUGACGCCCACGAGCGACUGGAACAUUCAGGCGUGGUUCCCCAACCACGGCGCCGACAAGACGCGCCCGACCCUUGACAAGGUCAUCGCCGGCCUCAAGGAGCAGGGCGUCACCACCUUCGGCGCCGUCGGCUACUGCUUCGGCGCCCGCUACGUCUUCGACCUCGCCUUCGACGGCGUCAUCAAGUCCGCCGCCGUCGCGCACCCGUCGCUCCUCCAGGUCCCCGCCGACAUCGAGCGGUACGCGAAGACGAGCGUGCCGCUGCUCAUCGAGAGCUGCGAGGUCGACUCGCAGUUCCCGCCGGAGCUGCAGGCGAAGACGGACGCAAUUCUGGGCGAUGGCAAGUUCGCGCCGGGCUACAAGCGCAACUACUGGGCUGGCUGCCACCACGGGUUUGCAGUGCGUGGUGACCAGAGCAACCCCGCCAUCAAGGCGGGCAAGGAAGGCGCGUUCAAGAACAUGGUCGAAUGGACGGCGAAGCAUCUGUAGAUUGGGCGAUGAAGAAGUGAAGAUGUAAUAUAUGUAUUCAACGAAGCCUGCAUGCGUACAUGGUAACCGGAAGACAGAAAGAUAUCUGAAGGAGCGCAGCGUUAUGGCGAGCAGGAGGCACCCUGCUCUUCGCAAUUGUCGGUCGCAAGUGUGAUCAUCAAGGGUCGCGGUGUUGUCAGCAGCGA